AUGCGUUUCGCGUCGGCAGUGCUGGCUGCGGCUAGCCUGGUGGCGACGGUGAGCGGCCACUGGCUGGGAGAAGUCAAACACCAGGGCGUUGCCCCGUUUGCCCCGUCUGCGGACUGGAAGGUAUUUCGCAGUGUCAAGGAUUACGGUGCUGUGGGUGAUGGUGUUACCGACGACACGGCGGCUAUCAAUGCUGCGAUCAACGAUGGGAACCCUUGCAACAAGGGCUGUGUCUCGACCACCGAGACACCGGCCUUGAUCUACUUCCCCUCGGGCACCUACCUGAUCUCCUCUCCCGUCAACCCGGCCUACUUCACGCAGCUCAUCGGCGACGCCUCAAGCCCCCCGACGCUUAAGGCCACCUCGGACUUCAAGGGGUUCGGGCUCAUCGACGCCGACCCGUACUACACCGAGGUUCUCAACUGGAAAUCGCAGAAUGUCUUCUUCCGGCAGGUCCGCAACUUUAUCAUCGACACCACCAACAUCGCGCCUGGUACCGCGGCUACCGGUAUGCACUGGCCUACGUCGCAGGCCACCAGUCUGCAGAACAUUGUGUUCAACAUGCCUAAGACCGAUGAUGUGGUCCACGUCGGUCUGUUCAUGGAGGAGGGCAGCGGUGGAUUCUUGACGGAUUUGACCUUUAACGGUGGUGCUACCGGUGCGAGCAUGGGUAACCAGCAGUUUACCAUGCGCAACCUCGAGUUUAACAACUGCAAGACCGCCAUCAUCCAACUCUGGGACUGGGGCUGGACCUACGCCGGUCUCUCCAUCAACAACUGCAAGGUCGGCAUCGACAUGUCCGCGGGCGGCGACGCCAACGCCCUCAACGUCGGCUCCAUCACCCUGCUCGACAGCACCUUCAAGGACACCGGCGUCGCCAUCCUCACCGCCUGGAGCACCUCCACCAGCCCGGUCACCGCCGGUUCUCUGGUGAUCGAAAACGUCGAGCUCAGCAACGUCCCCGUCGCCGUCCAGGGCCCCGGUUCCAGCACCCUCCUCGAAGGCGGCUCCAUCACCAUCGCGGCCUGGGGCAACGGCCACAAAUACGCCGCUGACGGCAGCGGCCCCGACAACAGCGCCGGUCCCUUGGACGCUCCCAGCCGGCCUGCGGCUCUUCUGGCUGAUGGUGGGCGGUACUAUACCCGCUCCAAGCCGCAGUACGAGGACGUCGCUGCCUCGUCCAUCAUCUCGGCCCGCUCGGAGGGUGCCAAGGGUGACGCCAAGACCGACGACACCAAGGCGCUCCAGGCCGCUAUCGACAAGGCUGCCUCUGCCGGCCAGAUCUUGUUCAUCGACUACGGCUUGUAUCUCGUGACCGACACCAUUGUCAUCCCCCCCGGCGCCAAGAUUGUGGGCGAGACCUUCCCCGUGAUCCUGUCCUCCGGCGACGCCUUCAACGACGUCAACAACCCCAAGGCUAUCGUGCAAGUCGGUGCUACGGCCGGCCAAACCGGCCAGGUCGAGCUCAGCGACUUUAUCGUCUCUACCAAGGGCACCCAGGCGGGUGCGGUGGCGAUCCGGUGGAACUUGGCCAGUGACAGUGGCAAGCCCAGUGGGCUGUGGGAUGUGCAUGUGCGCAUCGGUGGGUUCUCGGGGACGGAGCAGCAGGUUGGACAGUGCCCUAAGACGCCUGGCAACCCGGCGGUGAAUGAGAAGUGCUUGGUGGCGUAUUUGGGGGUGCAUGUGGUGAAGGAGGCGGCGGGUGUGUACUUUGAGAACACCUGGAUUUGGACGGCCGACCACGACAUUGAUGACGAGUCCAACACCCAGAUCACCCUCUACGCCGGUCGCGGUUUCUACGUCGAGUCGACCAACGGCCCCCUCUGGCUCUGGGGCACCGGCUCGGAGCACUUCGUCCUCUACCAAUACCAAUUCGCCAACACCAAAAACAUCUUCAUGGGCCAAAUCCAAACCGAAACCCCCUACUACCAACCCACCCCCAACGCCCUCGUCCCCUUCACCCCCAACACCUCCCUCAACGACCCCGACUUCUCCGCCUCGUGCGCCGGCGUCGACGGUAACUGCGCCGCGGCCUGGGGUCUGCGCAUCCUUGACUCCAGCGAUGUGCUGGUGUACGGUGGCGGUCUGUACUCGUUCUUUUCGGAUUACAGUACCUCCUGCUCGACUUUCGAUGCGGGCCAGACGUGCCAGCAGAGGAUUGCGUCGAUUGAGGGGAGUGUGUCGAAUGUUGGGUUGUAUAAUCUGAACACGAUUGGGACGAUUGAGAUGAUUAACCGCGAUGGGAAGAAGGUGGCCGGGUUUAAGGAGAAUGAGAAUACGUUUGCUUCGAAUGUGGCUGUUUAUAAGGCGGCUUAG